AAGACUUGGUUGUUCAACAACAGGAAAAAGAAGGAAAGGAAGGACAUGAUAAAGUAUGGGAGGAAACAGACCUCUAGGAUGGUGAUCUACCAGCAGAACUGGGAAGAGGUGCUAAAGAGGAUUGAGGAUAAGUCCAGGGCAAAGCCAGGAGGUUCUGGUAUGUUCAAGCAUUAUCAGGUGGCUGUGAAGAGAGUCAUGGCUGAAUUGUCUGAUGACAAGUUGGAGAAGGCAAAGGAAACAGCCAAAGAAUGGUCCAACAACUUUCCUCCUCCCAAGAUACAGGCACAAGUUGCUUGUAAGAAGGGACCUGUGUAUAUGGAGCACUUUUUGAAGGAGAUGUGGAGGCAAUGUGGGAUAAGAGUGUUUGUGAUGUUGGCUUGGAAGAAUGAACAGGGAGAGGUGCUGUUCAGGAUGUAA